GUCCAGAUUGUUGGACGUACCUGCUGCGGCUGCUUUCGGCAUGGAGGAAAUUUAUGCGAAGUUUGUGUCUCAGAAAAUCAGCAAAACUCGCUGGCGACCGCUGCCUCCGGGAAGUUUACAGACCGCGGAGACGUUCGCUACAGGAUCUUGGGACAAUGAGGAAAAUUAUGUUUCACUGUGGUCUAUUGGAGAUUUUGGAAACUUGGACUCUGAUGGAGGGUUUGAAGGAGACCAUCAGUUAUUGUGUGAUAUCAGACACCAUGGUGAUGUAAUGGAUUUACAGUUUUUUGACCAGGAAAGAAUUGUCGCUGCUUCAUCAACAGGAUGUGUAACAGUUUUCCUUCACCAUCCAAAUAACCAGACUCUGUCAGUCAACCAGCAGUGGACUACAGCUCAUUACCACACAGGCCCUGGCAGUCCUUCCUAUAGCAGUGCACCAUGUACAGGUGUUGUGUGCAACAACCCAGAAAUCGUUACAGUUGGAGAGGAUGGUCGAAUAAAUCUCUUCAGAGCUGAUCACAAGGAAGCUGUAAGAACCAUAGACAAUGCAGAUAGUAGUACACUCCAUGCUGUAACCUUUCUUCGAACUCCUGAGAUUCUUACUGUAAAUUCAAUUGGACAGUUGAAAAUAUGGGAUUUCAGACAACAAGGAAAUGAGCCUUCUCAGAUAUUGUCACUGACUGGUGACCGAGUGCCACUCCACUGUGUUGAUAGACAUCCCAACCAACAGCAUGUUGUAGCUACUGGUGGCCAAGAUGGAAUGUUGAGUAUUUGGGAUGUUAGACAAGGUACUAUGCCUGUAUCUCUGCUGAAGGCUCAUGAAGCUGAAAUGUGGGAAGUUCAUUUUCACCCAUCCAACCCAGAUCAUCUGUUUACCUGCUCUGAAGAUGGAUCCCUCUGGCACUGGGAUGCUUCCACAGAUGUACCUGAAAAGUCGUCACUCUUUCACCAAGGAGGAAGAAGCAGUACUUUUUUGUCUCAUAGCAUUAGUAACCAAGCUAAUGUUCACCAGUCUGUCAUUAGCUCCUGGCUCAGCACUGAUCCUGCAAAAGACCGAAUUGAAAUCACAAGCUUACUUCCCAGUAGGUCUCUGUCUGUCAACAGUUUGGAUGUUUUAGGUCCUUGUCUUGUUUGUGGAACCGAUGCAGAAGCAAUUUAUGUUACUAGACAUCUUUUUUCUUAGAAGUACUAUAAUUAUAAGAUUUCAGAUAGAACAUUAGCCUUUUGAAAUCCAACUUCUGUGCAAAAUUUUAUUAUCAGAAAAUACGAGAUUUGCAGGGGAAACAUCAGUAAACUACCAUUAAUGUCAAUGCCCAGUUUUGACUUUUGUUAGCCUGACACUCCCAAACAGUUGUAGAAUCCAAUAGGUGACUGAUGGCAAAAGAUUGUGAACGUGUGGAAGAAAAUCAAUGGGAUUCUGGUGCUGAUGAAUAGGUUGCCUUCAGAGUAUUAUUGACAGACAGCUUGUGGAACUAGUUCUGUAUUUUUGAUGUUGUGGGAAUUAACACAUCAUUGGUGGUUAUGGGAACUACCAAUGGGUUCCUACAAUUUUUAUCAGUAGCAUGUGGAGUAUACACCUUCCUAGUGGCAGUUGCCAAUGUUAACGAUUAUUCUUUUUAUUGCAAGUAUUUCCUAUGAUCCUUCCACACUUUAUUUCCUUAAUUAUAAUAAUAAACUUUUUCAGAAAGAAUUGAGUAGAGCAAAAAUGACAAAGAUGUAUAGCUGUGUUCAAUUUUUUUUUUUUUUUUUUUUUGAGGCAGAGUCUUGCUCUGCUGGAGUGCAGUGGUGCAAUCUCGGCUCACUGCAACCUCCACCUCCCAGUUUCAAGCGAUUCUCCUGCCUCAGUCUCCUGAGUAGCUGGAACUACAGGUGUGCGCCACCACGCCCAGCUGAUUUUUGUAUUUUUAGUAGAGACAGAGUUCACCAUGUUGGCCAGGAUGGUCUUGAUCUCUUGACCUCAUGAUCCACCCGCCUCGACCUCCCAAAGUGCUGGGAUUACAGGUGUGAGCCACUGCACCCGGCCUGAAAUUUUUUUAAAGUGAAAAUGUUUUGACAAGUUCCUUUUUCAGAAUAGGUUUUUGAGCAGAACUCUUUCAGCUCAUUAGACCCAACUUUGCUUUUGUUUAGCUUCACAGCAUAGCUGAAAGUUGCCAAACUGGACAUUGUGCAAUAAAGUAGAAUUCUGUAUUGAUAAGCGAACUAUUUCCAAACUAAAAAUGUGAUAGAUAAAAGUGUGAUUCAUCAAAUGAUAUGAUCAGAGUAAAGAAUUUUGCCAUUUUAAUUCUUUUACUUUGUUUUAGCCACCUAUAGUCUUACCAACCAUCUUUAUCCUUGUCUGCAGGGAUAAUAAUGAACUAAUGUGGUGUUUUAAGAUAAUUUAAUGAUACUAUCUUUCCAAACUUUGUUAGAUUUUAAAUGUAUUAUUGACCUGAGACCUUAAUGACAAAUCACUGCUAUUAGACAAUUGAAGUGUUCAUUUACUUUGUAAUUCCAAUAAUCAUAGUUAUGGAAUUAUGGUAAGGUUUUGCUUUUCUGUCCUAAUAAAUAUAUAUAUUUUUUGAGAUGGAGUUUUGCUCUUGUUGCUGAGGCUGGAGUGAAAUGGCAUGAUCUCAGCUCACUGCAACCUCCGUCUCUUAGGUUCAAGCAAUUCUCCUGCCUCAGCCUCCCAAGUAGCUGGGAUUACAGGUGCUCACCACCACACCCAGCUAAUUUUUGUAUUUUUAGUAGAGAUGGGGUUUCACUGUGUUGGCCAGGCUGGUCUUGAACUGACCUCGUGAUCUACCUGCCUCAGCCUCCCAAAAUGCUGGGAUUACAGGCAUGAGCCACCGCUCCCGGCUGAUUUUUGUAUUAAUAGUAGAGACGAUAGGGUUUCACCAUGUUGGCCAGGACUGGUCUCAAACUCCUGACCACAGGUAAUCAGCCCGCCUCGGCCUCCAAAAGUGCUGGGAUUACAGGCGGGAGCCAUGGCGCCCUACCUAUUUUCAAGUCUUUUAAUGCCACUUUACCUCAGGGGUUUUCGGUUUUUGAUCUGUCUAUAGUAUUAUUGCUGGGACUAAUUUUUUAAAGACUUUUUGUUACUACUAAAUAAUUACAGAAAAAGCAAAGUCAAAAGAAAAUUUUAAGUACUUAGAAUUUCAAACAGACAAUAUUCUUUUCAUAUCCGUUUCUAUCCAUCAAUGUGUAUAAUUUUUUAAUAAAAUGAAAUAUACAUA